UUUCUUGAAUGGUAACAGCGCAUACUUGUAUGUAUUAGUUUCCUUAUUAGUUCUUACUAUAUUUUUUUUUUUACCAUCUUUUUAAUUUUUACUUCAAUUUAAUAGUUUAUAUUAUCAUUUUGUUGUUUAUAAUGUUAUUGUGUCUUAUGUUAUUUAUUGUGUCUUUAUAAUUCAUGUCUUCUUAUUAGGAAAACCACCAUGUUGUGCCGUCAACUCGUCAUGCUAAACAUGAAUGAAUAAUUGCGCGGAAGCAAGACAACAGGAUUAGAUAGACCUUGGACUCACAUGUAAAAGUUUCUUUGAGAGAAUUAUUAUUAGUUUUGGUCCUAUGCAUCAAACUUAUAUCAUUUUUAUAAUGAAUCUAAAACAUUAAAUCAAAUUUUAAAUUAUUUUUUAGUAAAUUAAUUAUCACCUACUUCAACAAUUAAAAAGAGAAAAUUACUUUCUAAUAAAUUACUUAUCACCUACCUCAACAAUUAAAAAGAGAGGGAGAAAACCUCCAUGUUUGGUUGCCAUUAUUAUCAUGGUCCAGGAUGUUCUUCUUUUGGAUAUGGAGCCAUGGAAGAGCUGGGACCUUUCAGAGUUAACAGUGAUAAUAAGACGCUCUACCGAAACCCAUAUGCAUGGAACAACGUGGCGAAUGUGAUCUUCUUGGAGUCACCAGCAGGUGUCGGGUUUUCCUAUUCAAAUAGGUCCUCCGACUACACCAACGUUGGUGACAAGAAGACAGCAGAGGACUCCUACACUUUCCUAGUGAACUGGCUUGAAAGAUUUCCCCAAUACAAAACCAGGGAUUUCUUCAUAGCAGGAGAGAGUUACGCUGGACACUACGUUCCACAGCUUGCUUACACCAUUCUCUCCAAGAACAAGAAAUCAAAUAAAACUGUUAUUAACCUCAAAGGAAUUGCAGUAAGUUCAGUUACAAUUAUCCUUUCCAACAAGCAUACAAGUACUUUUCAAAUACUUAGCACAUGCUAUCAUGCAGAUUGGUAAUGCCUACAUAGAUGAUAACACAACUAUAAAGGGAAUCCUUGACUACUAUUGGACACACGCUCUCAACUCUGACGAAACACAUGCAGGAAUUUACAAGUACUGCGACUUUGUUACCGGUAACUUUUCUGAUAUU